CUGUACACAAUCAACGGUCUUAUAGGUGUCGGCGCUUUCGGGAGUGUCUACUGCGGGUUCAGGUCCAGCGACUGCCUAUCGGUAGCCGUCAAACACAUCGACAAACAAAAAGUGAUUGAUUGGCGACAAUGGGAUUCAACGAGAAUUCCCGUUGAGCUAUACGUCUUGGAAAGCCUGCAAUCAGUGCCGGGUGUCGUACGACUGGUGGACUGGUAUGAAACGGACUACAGUUUCCUAAUCGUAAUGGAAAGGCCCGAAAACACUACCGAUUUGUUUGAAAUGAAGCGACAAAAAACUGUCUGGUCUUUGGGUAUAUUUCUGUACGAAUUAUUCUGUGGAGACAUACCGUUCCUCACCGUCGAUGAUAUACUCAAUGAAAGUAAUGUCCUCCGCUUUCCCGAUCACGUGUCCAAAGAGUAUCGCAAUAUAAUAGAGAAGUGUUUGCAUCGAAAGCAACUCAGAAGACCAUCCAUUCGUGACUUACUUUCACAUCAAUUGUUUCAAUAA